CUUCUUUCUCUCUCCCUCCACUCAGGCCAGAGCCAUGGCCCACCCACCCCUCCGACCACCCCAAAGACAGAGCUGCAGUCGGGCAAGGCAGACCCCAAGCGGGAUGGGCGCUCCAUGGGGGAGGGUGGGAAACCACACAUCGACUUCGGCAACGUGGACAUCGGUGAGAUCAGCCAUGAGGUAAUGUCCAACAUGGAGACCUUUGAUGUGGCUGAGUUGGACCAGUACCUGCCGCCCAAUGGGCACCCAGGCCACGUGGGCAGCUACUCAGCAGCUGGCUAUGGGCUGGGCAGCGCCCUGGCUGUGGCCAGUGGACACUCGGCUUGGAUCUCCAAGCCCCCAAGUGUGGCUCUGCCCACAGUCUCGCCACCUGGCGUGGAUGCCAAAGCCCAGGUGAAGACAGAGACCGCGGGGCCCCAGGGGCCUCCGCACUAUACCGACCAGCCAUCCACCUCACAGAUCGCCUACACUUCCCUCAGUCUGCCCCACUAUGGCUCCGCCUUCCCCUCCAUCUCCCGCCCCCAGUUUGACUACUCUGACCAUCAGCCCUCAGGACCCUAUUAUGGCCAUUCAGGCCAGGCCUCUGGCCUCUAUUCAGCCUUCUCCUACAUGGGGCCCUCACAGCGGCCCCUCUACACGGCCAUCUCUGACCCCAGCCCCUCAGGGCCCCAGUCCCACAGUCCCACACACUGGGAGCAGCCAGUAUAUACAACCCUGUCCAGGCCUUAAAGGGGGUCCUGUCACCACCACCACCACCAGAUCCCUCUGGGUAGCAUGCCCCUUCCCCCAGCCCUUGUGCCCUGUUCCUUGCCCAUCCUAGGCCUGGUGCUGGCUAUGGAGGAGGCUGCAGAGGCUGACAGCUGAGGGUCAGCUUUCUGUCUGGCUCACUGCCUUUGAUGACCCCACCCCAUCCCAUCCGGGCUCCAGCCCAGGCGAAGCCCCAGGCUGCUGGGCUGGGCAGAGGAGGAGGAGGUUGACUGAUGCCCCUAGCUGAACGAUGAGGGGCCGCACCUUCCCACCCCCAAGCCCCAGAACAACCCUCAUCCCAGGGCGUGGGAAGGCAUCUAGGGUCGGAUGGUAACCGGAGGCCUUGCCGCUCCGUGUGUCCACGUGUGCUCUUGUGGAGCGUGAGAGUCUGACAGAACCUGUGCCCCCUGGGCCACGCACCUGAGAGCAAGGCCAACCAGAGCCCUGCGCCCCUGUCAGGAGCGGGCUCCAUCUGCCCUCGGGGCUGAGGACAGCUUGGAACAGCCUCAGGGGCCAUGGGGGUGGGUGGAGGCUCAGAGGGAGGUCUCCUCCGUCCUCUCAGUGCCCUGCCCCCUCCUGAACACAGGAAGGAAUUGGCACAGAGGCCCCCAAACCCAAUUCUGUGCCAAUAACCUCAUUCUUUGUCAAGAAAGAGGGCCCCCGUCCUAUUCCACUACAACCUCCCGGACCUUGAGGCGCAUCCCAGGAGGUGAGGGGCCUGGGGCUUCACAGCCUUUCUUGCAGGCUCCCCUCCAGCUCCCUCUUUCCUCGCCAGGCUCUGUGGUCUCUGCUCUGUCAGCCCCAAGUCCUUGGGCUUCCCAGAGUUACAGAUGCUCAGACCCAAACCCUCAGCUCCAGGAGACACAGGGCCCAGCACCAGGUUGCUGGCAGCAGGCUGAAGACACUAAACUCCUGACCUGUACAUUCUGCCCUGGCCUUUGCCCUUUGCCUCCCAGUGGUAUCUGAAUAAAGUAUGUAGCUCUGUCUGCCCCUAUUUUCCUGUUCUGCAGACCCCACAAUCCACAUGUAACUCAUUACCGCCUCCUCUUAUUUAUCUCAGUAGCUCCCUUGCCCCUGUCCCCUGUCCUAGGUAUACUCCAGCCCCUAUUAACUCUGCAUUAAGCAUUCCACAUAAUAAAAUUAAAGGUUCCGGUUA